AGACAGUACAGCGUCUUGAAAAAUCCCACAAAACAAUAUCAAUAUGGACCCACCGGAGCAACAUGCACCGCUGGUGUGUGUGAAUUGUAAGGCGCGUAAGAAAAAGUGCAAUAAAGUGCUACCAUCCUGUGGUUACUGCAUUCAAAAAGCACUGGACUGCCGAUAUGUUUCACAUCCACCCAAAGUGCCUUCUCCCGGCCACACUACUGCAUCGCCGGGAAAAGGUGUCGGGCUCGAAUGCAUCCAUCCUCUGACUCGUUCUUCAUUCCUGCUCAUGGACUCGGUCUCCAGUUCAUCACCGUCGGAGGUGGUUCCUUUGGAGCCGCUGAUGGACCCGACAGCCAUUGACAUGACCCUGUAUCUGCAAGCCCGUCGGGUCAUUCAAACCACCGGUCAAUUUGUCGACGAUAUCAGCGUGCGUUAUUUUCAGGGAAUCCAUCGCCAUCUGCCAAUCAUCUCACGCAAACAUUUUCAUGAUCAACUCAUUCAUAUUGGCGCUUCCCCUCCACCGGGCUUUUCUAUCCUCCUGCUGAGUAUCUGCUUGCUGACAUACCACCCAAAAUUGUUGCCUCAAACUCCACCACCUGUCGGCCGUGAACCCCUUUACCUUUCUGUCAAAUCGCUCUUUGCCCAGGUCCAGGCUUUUUUCCCCCCUUCUGUCGAUUUCAUUCAGGCUGGCGUCCUUCUGGCGUUGUAUGAGUAUGCCAAUGGGAGACCAGAUGAUGCGUUUCUAUCCAUCGCUGGCUGCGCACGGAUGGGAUAUGCCUCUGGUCUGCACCGUGGGCGGCCGACAGUCUUUCCAGCAUCCGACGACGACGAAGCGGCCAAUACGUGGUGGGGGAUUGUCAUCUGUGAAAGAUUAUUCUUUUAUGAAAUAUCGACUAAGGAUCAGCCUCUUGCAACUGCAAUUCCCAGUCAUGCGCAACUGCCGACAACAACAGAGCACAAUGGUCAAGAUGGCACGAUACCACCAUUGCCAGCCGGCUCAACAUCAAUCGAAAUGACCGGGCUUCAGCACUCUGCCCACGCGGCGUGGCUUUUGGAUCAAGUCUUAGAAACCAUCAAGUACCCAGAGCUGAAUGCUCGAUUUUUCCACCUGAACAAACUCGAUACUUCACUACAGUCCUUUCUGGUUGUUGUUAUGGAGCGGUGCAAGGGUGCCUGGGGUGUAUUUUGUGGGGCGAUUGCAACGACUAUCAGGACUUUGUUCAUGCUACACUGGCACAUUUUAGGUCAAUCCUCCAAACUCAACAAUCCCAUAGACGAAUGGAGGAAAAAGUCUCAUGAUGCCUUAGAUACAGUCACUAAGAUGGUUGUUGACAUUGCCGAUUCACAUGAGAAUAUGGCUCCGCACUUGAUCGAUUCAUUGCCUCCAAGCUGUGUCUAUAUCAUUCAAGCGGCAUUAAAGCAUAUCAAUGAUAGCCCAGGUUUGAAUAACAACCUUGGGUUUCAAGAGAUAGUCAAGCGAUUGAAAUUGUCUUUGAACCAGUUCAAUCAUCGUUGGGGGGUUAAUCAUUUGUGA